UGCAGUAAUUUCUGUCUUCUGGCCCCAAAAUAGACUUCCAUCCCACACACAAACCACGUUGACCCGUCCUGGGGCCUCCCAAAGUCUCAGCGCAUUGCAGGAUCAACUCAUCGUCCAAAUCUCAUUUGAAUUUUGUCAGCUUAAAAGUUCUAAUUCCCAUGAUCUAAAUCAGGUGUUGGAAUAAAGAUAACCUCAGCUUCCAGUGAAAAUGUCGGUUCUGAUAUCACAGAGUGUGAUAAAUUAUGUAGAAGAAGAAAACAUUCCUGCGCUGAAAGCUCUUCUUGAGAAAUGCAAAGAUGUAGAUGAGAGAAACGAGUGCGGCCAGACUGCUCUGAUGAUCGCUGCUGAGCAGGGCAACCUGGAGAUCGUGACCGAGCUGAUCAGGAGCGGGGCUAAUUGCCACCUGGAGGAUUUGGACAACUGGACGGCGCUCAUAUCGGCAUCCAAAGAAGGGCACACGCACGUCGUGGAAGAGCUGCUGCGCUGCGGGGUCGACUUGGAGCACCGCGACAUGGGAGGAUGGACAGCUCUCAUGUGGGCAUGUUAUAAAGGCCGAACCGAAGUGGUCGAGUUGCUGCUUUCUCAUGGUGCCAAUCCAAAUGUCACUGGUCUGCAGUACAGUGUCUACCCCAUCAUUUGGGCAGCGGGCAGAGGCCACGCAGAUGUAGUGCAUCUUUUACUGAGAAAUGGUGCGAAAGUCAACUGCUCCGAUAAGUAUGGCACCACCCCGUUGGUUUGGGCUGCACGCAAGGGUCACCUGGAAUGUGUAAAGCAUUUGCUGGCCACGGGAGCGGAUGUUGACCAAGAAGGAGCUAAUUCAAUGACUGCACUUAUUGUGGCUGUAAAAGGAGGCUACACACAGUCAGUGAAAGAAAUUCUGAAGCGGAAUCCCAAUGUGAACUUGACAGACAAGGACGGAAACACGGCGCUGAUGAUCGCGUCGAAGGAGGGCCACACGGAGAUCGUGCAGGACCUCCUGGAUGCUGGCACUUACGUGAACAUCCCCGACAGGAGUGGGGACACUGUGCUGAUCGGUGCUGUGAGAGGUGGCCACGUGGAAAUUGUCCGAGCGCUUCUCCAGAAAUAUGCUGACAUCGACAUCCGAGGCCAGGACAAUAAAACUGCUUUGUACUGGGCUGUUGAGAAAGGCAACGCGACCAUGGUGAGAGACAUCUUGCAGUGCAACCCCGACACGGAGAUAUGCACGAAGGACGGCGAAACGCCGCUGAUCAAGGCCACCAAGAUGCGGAACAUCGAAGUGGUGGAGCUGCUGCUGGACAAAGGGGCCAAGGUGUCCGCCGUGGACAGGAAAGGAGACACCCCUUUGCACAUUGCUAUUCGUGGGAGGAGCCGGAAACUGGCAGAACUUCUCUUACGGAACCCCAAAGAUGGAAGGCUGCUGUACCGGCCCAACAAAGCAGGCGAGACGCCCUACAACAUCGACUGCAGCCACCAGAAGAGCAUCUUAACUCAAAUAUUUGGAGCCAGACACCUGUCUCCCACGGAAACGGACGGUGACAUGCUGGGCUAUGACCUGUACAGCAGUGCCCUGGCGGAUAUUCUCAGCGAGCCCACCAUGCAGCCGCCCAUCUGUGUGGGGCUGUACGCGCAAUGGGGAAGUGGGAAGUCCUUCCUGCUCAAGAAGCUGGAAGAUGAAAUGAAGACUUUUGCAGGACAACAGAUUGAACCUCUCUUUCAGUUCUCGUGGCUGGUAGUGUUUCUGACCCUGCUGCUCUGUGGAGGGCUGGGGUUACUGUUUGCGUUUACAGUUGACCCAAACCUCGGAAUAGCGGUGUCACUGAGCUUUCUGGCUCUCUUGUACAUAUUUUUUGCUGUCAUUUACUUUGGCGGGCGAAGGGAAGGAGAGAGUUGGAAUUGGGCCUGGGUCCUCAGCACCAGAUUGGCAAGACACAUUGGGUAUUUGGAACUCCUCCUCAAACUGAUGUUUGUGAAUCCACCCGAAUUGCCAGAGCAGACCACCAAAGCUUUACCUGUGAGGUUCUUGUUCACAGACUACAACCGGCUGUCCAGUGUCGGCGGGGAAACGUCGAUGGCCGAGAUGAUUGCGACGCUCUCGGACGCUUGCGAGAGGGAGUUUGGCUUCCUGGCCAGCAGGCUUUUUCGAGUGUUCAAGACUGAAGACACGCAGGGUAAGAAGAAAUGGAAGAGGACGUGCUGUCUGCCGUCUUUCGUCAUCUUCCUGUUCGUGCUUGGCUGCGUUAUUGCUGGGGUCACUCUUCUGGCUGUGUUCAGAGUUGACACAAGACAUCUGACAGUGAACGCUGUCCUCAUAGCCAUCGCGUCUGUCGUGGGGCUGGCCUUCGUGCUGAACUGUCGCACCUGGUGGCAGGUGCUGGGCUCUCUCCUGAGCUCUCAGAGGAAACGCCUCCACAGCGCUGCCAACAAGCUGCACAAGCUGAAAGGCGAGGGCUUCAUGAAGGUUCUGAAGUGUGAGGUGGAGCUGAUGGCCAGGAUGGCGAAGACCAUCGACAGCUUCACGCAGAACCAGACCAGGCUGGUGGUCAUCAUCGACGGCUUAGACGCCUGUGAGCAGGACAAAGUGCUCCAGAUGCUGGACACUGUCCGAGUUCUGUUUUCAAAAGGUCCAUUCAUUGCCAUUUUUGCAAGUGAUCCACACAUUAUUAUAAAGGCAAUUAACCAGAACCUCAACAGCGUGCUUCGAGACUCAAACAUCAAUGGGCAUGACUACAUGCGGAACAUCGUCCAUCUGCCUGUCUUCCUUAACAGUCGUGGGCUGAGCAACGCAAAAAAGUAUCUUGUGACUUCAGCCACGAACGGAGACAUUCCGUGCUCGGAUGCUGCAGGGGUGCAGGAUGAUGCUGACAGACGAGUUUCACAAAUCAGCCUCGGAGAGAUGACGAAACUUGGCAGCAAGACAGCCCUCAAUAGACGGGACACUUACCGAAGAAGGCAGAUGCAGCGAGCUGUCACCCGGCAGAUGUCCUUCGACCUUACGAAGCUGCUGGUGACGGAGGACUGGUUCAGUGACAUAAGUCCUCAGACCAUGAGAAGAUUACUUAAUAUUGUUUCUGUGACAGGACGAUUACUGAGGGCCAAUCAGAUCAGUUUCAGCUGGGACAGACUUGCCAGCUGGAUCAACCUCACCGAGCAGUGGCCCUACCGGACUUCAUGGCUCAUCCUGCAUCUGGAAGAGACUGAAGGUCUUCCAGACCAGAUGACCCUGAAGACCAUCUACGAAAGAAUAUCAAAGAAUAUUCCAACAACAAAAGAUGUUGAGCCACUGCUUGAAAUCGAUGGGGACAUCAGAAACUUUGAAGUGUUUCUAUCUUCGAGGACCCCGGUUCUAGUGGCUCGGGAUGUGAAGACUUUUUUGCCAUGCACUGUGAACCUGGACCCCAAACUACGGGAAAUUAUUGCAGAUGUUCGUGCCGCACGAGACCAGAUCAACAUCGGAGGACUCGCGUACCCGCCGCUGCCGUUGCACGAAGCCCCCCCCAGACCUGCGUCGGGCUACAGUCAGGCUCCGUCCGUCUGUUCUUCUUCCACGUCCUUCAAUGGGCCAUUUGGAGCGGGGGUUGUGUCGCCACAGCCUCACAGCAGCUACUACAGCGGGAUGACGGGGCCCCAGCACCCCUUCUACAACAGGCCAUUCUUUGCCCCAUACCUUUACACGCCAAGGUAUUACCCUGGCGGUGCCCAACAUCUCAUCUCACGUCCAUCAGUAAAAUCGAAUUUGCCCAGAGAUCAAAGCAAUGGCCUAGAGCGGCCUUGGCCCAGACAGUCACCGCCGCCGUGGCCGUGUGACUCUGGGUUUAACAAACAGAGACAGGGGUCCGGCCCAGCCUCAGGCACAGUGCCACUGCACACAAUGAAUGUGGAUGCCGUGUGCGAGAAGCUGAAGCAGAUCGAAGGGCUGGAGCCCAGCAUGCUGCCGCAGUACUGCGCCACCAUCAAGAAGGCCAACAUCAACGGCCGUGUGCUGGCUCAGUGCAACAUCGAGGAGCUCAAGAAGGAAAUGAACAUGAAUUUUGGAGAUUGGCAUCUUUUUAGAAGCACAGUCCUAGAGAUGAGAAACGCGGAGAGCCAGGUGGUCCCCGAAGACCCCCGUUUGCUCGGCGAGGCCAGCAGCGGCCCCGUGCCCCAGGGUGAGCCCGCCUGCCGGCCUCCGCACCACGAGCUGCCCCACACCGAGCUGCCCGGCCAGGCGCCCUUCACGCUCAACUUCAGCUUCGAGGAGCUGAACUCGCUCGGCCUGGACGAGGGCGCCCCGCGGCACGGUCACCUCGGCUGGCAGUCCCAGGCACGCAGAACGCCAAGCCUCUCGAGCCUCAACUCCCAGGACUCCAACAUCGAGAUCUCGAAGCUGACUGACAAGGUGCAGGCUGAGUACCGAGACGCCUACCGCGAGUACAUUGCUCAGAUGUCGCAGUUGGAGGGGGGCCCGGGCUCCACGGCUGUCAGUGGCAGGUCCUCCCCACACAGCGCAUGCUACCUGGGUCAGAGCACCUCGGGGGGCUCCAUUCACUCGAGUCUGGAGCCGGAAAAAGCGAAGGACAGCGAGCUGAAGCCAGACGAUGGGAGGAAGCCCUUCGUGAUGAAGAGGGCAGAUGUCAUCGACUACUCGUCAUCCGGGGUCUCCACCAGCGACGCCUCGCCCCUGGACCCCAUCACGGAGGAAGAUGAGAAGUCCGAUCCGUCGGCCAGUAGGCUCCUCCCGGGCAAGAAGCCCUCGGAGCGGUCAGGUCUCUUCCAGGCCGACCUGAAGCUCAAGGGAGGGGGCCUGCGCUACCAGAAGCUCCCCAGCGACGAGGAUGAGUCUGGGGCAGAGGAGUCGGACAACACGCCCCUGCUCAGAGACGGCAGAGAUAAGAAGGCCGAGGGGCGAGCGGAGAGGGCCUGCAGGUCCCCAGAGCACAGCGCCGAGCCCAUCCGAACCUUCAUCAAAGCGAAAGAGUACCUGUCAGACGCCCUGCUGGACAAGAAGGACUCCUCCGAUUCCGGGGUGCGGUCCAGCGAGAGCUCCCCCAACCACUCCCUUCACAGCGAGGCCGCGCACGACUCCCAGCUGGAAAAGGCCAACCUCAUCGAGCUGGAGGACGGCCACGGCGCGGAGCGGGGGCUGCCGCACGGCCUGAGCGGCCUGCAGGACCCGGGGACAGCCCGGAUGUCCAUCUGCUCCGAGGACAGGAAGAGCCCCUCCGAGUGCAGCCUGAUCGCCAGCAGCCCCGAGGAGAGCUGGCCGGCCUGCCAGCGAGCCUACAACCUCAACCGCACCCCCAGCACCGUGACCCUGAACAACAACAGCGCCCCGGCCAGCAGGGCCAACCAGAACUUCGAGGAAAGGGAGGCGCUGCGCGGCACGACCCCGGCCCUGCGGCCGGCCUCCAGCGCCAGCUCCACGGCCGUUCAGAACGAGAACCUGAAGGGCCUGGCGCACAAGCGAGGCCAGCGGCCGAGCUACACGCGGCUCUGCACGGAGGCCCCAGAGCUCCUGGCCGCGGCCUCCCCUGAGAGCACGGGCUUUGGGGAGGAGAGGGAAAGCAUCCUUUAGGGAGACACGCAGGAUGGCGCGCACAGCGCUGACCUUCUUCUGGGGAGCCUCCCCCGCACCUCGUCUUUCCACAGCCCGCUCAGCCGAGUGAUGGGUGGGAGGAGCCUUGGUGUAGGACACGUGGCACACAGAGGCCAUGCUGGGAAGGCUGCCGGUCAGCCGGCCUCCAGUGUCUGAGCAGCGAGGCCCUCCACUCUGUCGCGAGAACUCUCAUUGGCACCCUCCCCAUAAAAAGUUUUGGGACAAGAUCCGAGUAUAUAGCUAGGUCAGAUAUUUUAUUAAAUAUAAAGGGUUUAAUUUGCCAAAAGAAAACACCUCGAGACCCCUUUUGUAGAACAUUCGCUCAUCAGACGUUUGAGGGAAGGCAGGGUGUUCGGUGAACCAGAAGCCGGUUUUGCUUUUAAUGAGUAAAAGCGAAGAACUCACAGGUCCCGGGCAGCCCAGAGACUAAAGGUAGAUUGAGAGCCCGUGUUCUACGGUAUAAAUAGUCAAAUUGCUUAUCAAAGGGUUUUUAAAUUUUAAGUAGAAAAUAGAUGAUAAAGAGGGCUUUAAAAAUUGGUAAGAAAGUGAGUCAAAAAUGUCCAAAGUAGUGCCCCUGUAGCUAGGCCAUUGGGAGCUGCAGGGACAGAGAGUGCAGGCCCACAGCCUCCCCCGCCCUGGGUGCUCCUCCCUCCCACCCCAGCCCUGGUCUGCGCUGAAGCUCCUCCGACCGCCGCGCCCGGUGUGUCUCACUGAGCCUCGCGCGGAGGGGAGCCGGACUCCUUCUGGGGAGAAUCAGGGAGGACACGAGUAGUAAUGGGCUGUGAUAGAUAAUUGUGGAAUAAGAGAAUGAGGAAGUAACUACAUCAGAAAGGUCAGUGAUGGAUAGGGUAGAACUGCCCUUUGCCUUGCAUACCAGGGCAGUUUAUCAGUUUUGUCUUCUAAUCAGCAGCUAGUCCGGGGUGAUCGUAAGAAGGGAUGUGUGUUUUUAAAAGUUUAAACACAAGCCAUGAAGCAAGGGCAAAAAGAAGCAUGGCCCGUGUGGCUUUCCGCGUGUUGUUGGCAGAGUGAAGGAUGCUCACGUUGCAGUCGUCUGCAGACUAGGGAUGAGCCCGUCGUCAUGCAUCAGGGUUUCUGACUUACGUUGAUUUGGGCAGCGUGCCGUCAUCAGAGGUGUUAGAUGGUGAGACUAGAUGUGUGAUGACCUAGGGUUAGUGUUACAUUGCGAUGUUUUUUCACUUAGUGGAUUUUUACUAAUGCGACCAGUCAUUGUACUACAUAGUUGCUCUUGGGGUUUCAUUGCCUUGAUGUUUGAGGGUAAUCUAACAUUUCCAUCAAGCGAUCAUUUUGCAUGACUUUAACAAAUGUUUUAACCAAUUACGAAAAGGCAAGAUGUUAUUGGCAUUAUGUAUUGAAAUGUUAACAUUUUAGUAUCUGUAGCGUUUAUUAGUUUGCAAUAUUGCAUAAUUGGUCAUUAUUUCAGGGGCGACGCUCUGUUCCUUUUCAGGUGAUGUGAUUGUAGCAUAUUUAUACUGUUUGUGAAGUUGAUACUAUAGUGCUCAGUGUACAAAAAGAUUUAGAAAAAAUAAAAAAUUGCAUGUUCUUCUGAGUCGUGGGUUUUAUUUACUACGCUGACAGUGGUUCACAUUCUCUGUGUGUGUUUUCUCGUGUGUC